GUUUCUUGACCGCCUACUCCACAAUCCCUUGUCUUUCUUACUCCAAUUCUCUCAGCCUCUCAACCUUCUCCACUCCUACACGCCACAACCCACCCCCACAAACGAACCAACAAAAUGCUCUUCACAAAGUCUUUCGUCGCCGCCACUUUCCUCGCCGUCCUCUCGGUCGCUUCGGCUGGCAAGUCUAGCACCAAGGCCGUCAAGGGCCAGACCGGCGUCAUCACCAACGCCAAGGAUUUCUGCCUCUUCCUUCCCCCCAUGUAUGGCGGUGGUAUCUCCGAGAACGAGGACCGCGCCGUUGCCUUCUGCACCAAGCCCAACAUGACUGGCGCGCCCAACGCUGGAGUCCUCCCCGCUGGAUUCAUCAAGACCGCCCACUUUGUCCGCAACACUGCUGCCGACUGGGUCCAGGUCACUGGACGCAUGAAUGGUAAGACCUACGGUCUCUCCAAGAAGGACGGUGGCGGACAGUACGACAUCAAGGCCCCCGUCGGCUCCAAGUGCUCCGGCUACAAGUACUUUGUUGAGUUGGUCGAGCCCGAUCAGGACAUCUACUGCAUCCGCUGCUGCAAGACCAAGUCUGACUGCCCCGUCAACAAGUCGACCUACGGAUGCAAGAAGGUCCUCGGCGGCAACUACGCUUAAGCUGCUUUCGCUUUACUAGACCGCGUAACAAUAUCACACCAUCAUAUGCCACCACCCUCCAUACAAUAGAGAGACCCCCACACCGUACCUGACGUACAUUUUAGACAAAUUCCCA